AUGAAGAGAUAUGAGCCCAUGAGGGCAACAUUUUUAUGGAAGGACAAAACUCUUAUUUUCAAGACACUAUUUACAGAGAGGCAGAAAGUCUUGCCGUCUAAUAUGGGACAGGACGCGAAUGGUCUAAUCUUCCUUUUUUUCUCCACACGUCUUGUUCAAAAGUUUUCUCUAGAAAAUUUACAAGGAGGAAAGGAGUCGUUUGGCCACUCGAUGAAAGGAAGAAUAGCAGCUGCCAAAGCAAAGCAAAAGACCAUCAUAAGUCGUAGUUAG